GUGUGUGUGUGUGUGUGUGUUCAGGAGCAGGAGCCUCUGCUUUAGACAGUGAUGGCUUGGGAGAGUCUGUGGAGGUGUCACUUCACACCUCUGUGGCCUGGCCUGGACUUAUAAACCAGAGGGACAGAGCUGAGCAGCACUCACAGCCUCCCAGUCCUCCCAGUCUGACCACUGAGUCCCUCCUCACAACAUGGAUACCUCCUCAGUCCCUUUGCUCGACUACAGCCUGCAGUACCAGUGGUGCUCUGACUCUGAUCUCUCCAGCAUCUCCUCCCCAGAAACUCUCUCCCCAGUCCCGUCCAUGGAUUCCAGCCUCUCCCCGUCCUACCAGCAGCCAGUGGAGUCCACUCUCAAGGCGGCUAAGACUGGAUACUCCCAAAGCCUUAAACCCUCGGCCCAGUCCCCGUCGAGAUCCAUCAGGAAACCGGGCCGAGCCAGGAUGCCUCGGAUCCGCAGCAAGCAGAGGGAGAGCGCCAGCGAAAAGGAGAAGUUGAGGAUGAGGGAUCUGACCAAGGCUCUGCAUCACCUCAGGACCUAUCUGCCUCCCUCGGUGGCCCCGGCAGGACAAACACUCACCAAAAUCGAGACACUGCGCCUCACCAUCCGUUACAUCUCCUACCUGUCAGCCCAGUUGGGCCUCAGUGAGGAGGUGCUGUUCCAGAGGAGGGAGCAAGGAGACAGAUCCACCAGUGACGCCUCCUCACCAGACAUCCUCAGCUACUUCCAGCAUGGCUCCACAGGAGGCCAGUGGGCUCAGUCGCUGAGCCACAACCAUGGCCAGUACCAGGCCCAGUGUCAGAGCCAGCCUGCCUCACUGCAUUCUGGGAGCUGUAGUUUUGGAGUAGACCUGCGCCAGUACAGUGGACAGUAUAGUGAGGCUUCUCAGGGAGACAUCCUUACUGCCAGCAUGGAUACCAUCCUGCAGUCUCCUCCGGCAACACACCCCUCCUCCUGUCAGAUGUAUGGCAAAGACUUCUGCACCCCGCUGGUUCCAAGGGAAUAUUGGGGUUAAACUCUCCAUCCUUUCCAUCGUACCAUCAUCAGCCAACAUCAGCCAGCCAGAUCCAAACUAGUUCACUGUUUUACUGCCUCACUGUGAAUUGAAGUAAUUUAUUUGAAAUAUAUGUCUUAUUUUCAGUGUUAUUUAUUUUGUCUCAUGAAAUGUUUCAUGUAAAUAGUGAUAUAUAUCUAUUAACUAUUUUUGUAAUUUUUAAUACCACUAUUUAUAAUAAAAUUGUAAAAAGUUU